UUUAUCCACAAUAACACACUGAAGUCCUCGAACCCUCACAAUCGCGAGUCGCCGUAUCGACGUCCCGCAGCGCCAUCAUGAUGAACCUUUUCCGGAUACUGGGGGAUUUAUCCCACCUCUUCUCCAUUCUGAUCCUCCUCCAUAAGAUGAAAACCUCGAGCAGCGCGUCCGGCAUCUCCUUCAAAUCGCAAUUCCUAUACCUCAUAGUCUACUUGACGCGAUACGUCGAUUUGCUGUGGACCUUCUACCUACCUGGAUCUCUCUACAACACCGUCUUCAAAAUUGUCUUCAUCAGCACGUCCGCCUACGUCGUUUACCUCAUGCUGAACGACUACAAACCGACGCACGAUCCGAACUUGGACACCUUCAAGGUGCAGUACUUGCUAGCGGCGAGCGCAGUGUUGGCAAUCGUGUUCCCGUACAAGUACACAUUCUCAGAAAUUCUCUGGGCAUUCUCCAUAUGGCUCGAAUCCGUGGCCAUCCUCCCACAGCUCUUUAUGCUACAAAGAACUGGCGAAGCGGAGACAAUAACAACGCACUACUUGUUUGCGCUCGGUGCAUACAGGGCGUUGUACAUCCCCAACUGGAUCUACCGCUACAUCUUUGAUGUACCACGCUUCUAUGACCCAAUCGCGGUGGUUGCAGGUAUCAUCCAAACAAUCCUGUACUCCGAUUUCUUCUACAUCUAUUACACGAAGGUAAUUCAAGGGAAGAAGUUCAACCUUCCCGUUUAAAGGGUCGAGAGCUACGGCGUCCUUUUGCUGUUCGAUGGCAGACCACUGUGCUAAGUAAGCUUCGUCAAUGUACAAUAGGGUUUGGAGGAUGACUGUUUAUUGGCGUUAGCAGGCGAUUGUGGUGGGCGUGCAAAAUACUCAACAGAGGUGUGCAUAUGAAUAUGGGGUCUAUCUGGCUGAGCAAUGUUUCAAGCGUACUAGAGGAGUCAAGGUCACGCAUGUAUGGAUAUACAACGAAUGGAGUCAGAUUUGAAUCUAGUUAAAGCAUCUAUCCAUCGCAUU